AUGUCGGCUUCUUAUGUUGCAUCGGCGAUAUUUUUUUCUCUGCUUGCAUUUAUGCAAACCAUCCAUACUACUACUACUAUUACUACUACUGCCACCGCUGCUGUUGCUACUGCAGCUGCUACUGAUGCUGUUACUAACAAUACUCCUGAUUUUAUUUCAACUUUUUCCGCAACAACAUCAACAACAACAUCAAGAGAUAGCAACAAUUUACUCGAAACUGCAACAACAAAAUCAUUCGUUGAAUCGCCGCAAACAAAUUUCAUCAAGGGUUACACAUUGAGGCAUAUCAUUGUUCAACCGUACAGCAACAACAACAGCAACAAAAACCACAACAACAACAUUAACAACAUCAACCAAAGCAACAACUUUGAUAGCUUUAAUGUCAUCUACGAAGACAACGGCAAUUACAACAACAACAAUAAUUACAAAACAAAUUUCACUUAUGACAACAACGAUAUAAACAACAACAAUCACAACAACAAAAACAAUAUUAACAUUCCUCUUCAUAACGCAAAACACCACCAUCACAGCAACCACAACAACAACCAACACAUCAACAACAACAAAACAUCAACAUCCAAAACGACAACGACAUGGUUUUUAGUGGCAUCCAUUCUUCUCCUAAUUCUCCUAGCCACCGGACUCGUCCUCAUCAUCAUCGCCUGUCGCCGCGACAUCAACGCCCGCAAGCAGCUGACGUCAACGCUACAAAAAGACAACGACGCCGAUGAUGAUAACGAUGACGAUGAUGAUGAAGAAGAAGAGGAGGAUGAUGUUGACGAUGUUGUCGUCAUCGUUGCCGAUGAUGAUGAUGAUGAUGAGUUUGUUGUGGCGGAAAAAAGCGGGAGUAAUUUGUCAACGAAGGAUAGAAAUUUGCGCGCGUAUGAAUACAAUGGAAACAACAACAACAACAACAAUAACAAUAAUAAUAAUAAUAAUAAUAAUAAAGCUAAAAAUGUAAAAUGCAGCCACAAAACUGACAACAGCAACAGCAGCAAGAAGAACAGCCGUGACAUUGACAGCCUCAACGCCGAACAUUUAUUCUGCGAUUCGAGAUCACAACUCUUGCUUCACGACGCAAACAACAACAGUAACAACAACAAAAACAUCAAAACAAACAACACUCGUUACUCUAAACGCGUACAGCCACUGAACAUAACAGCCAGUGACCUUGACCUGAGGUCCUAUGAAGGUCAAAAAAGGUCGGCCAGGGGUCAACUUGCUGAAACUAAUUUUUCAAAGGAGCGCUAUAAAGGAAAUACUACUAGCGCCACUAAUACUAUCGUAAAAAGCAACAGCUAUACUGAAUGUAACUUUUACUGGUAG